CUGAACUCCGUGCGACGGCAAGAGGUUCGAAGCUCUCCAUGAAGUGCUGGACGUUCCUGGUUCUGCAGGUGCUCAUCACAGCCGCUGAGGAUACCUCCGUGGCGCCCCAACAGGACUACUGCCCAGAGCCUCCGCACGAACGGAUCCUGUACAGAGUCCACGAGGACGCCGUGGGAGAUGACGGCGCACUGGCCCAGGGCAGCGUUCUUCGCUACCGCUGCGGCGCUGGCUACGCGUCCUCGGGUCCGAUCAGUGUGUGGAGCGUGACCUGCACGAGGUCCUACGACGGAGUCUUGCACUGGGUCCUCCCGGACCACGACUGCAGACCCAUCUCGUGCGGCCACCCGGGGGACGUGCGGCACGGCCGGCUGCUGGGUACCGUGUUCUCGUUCCCGAAUCGUGUGACGUACGAGUGCGACACCGGCUACCAGUUGGUCGGCACCGCCGACCUGUACUGCCAGAGCGACGGAAACUGGGACGCCCAAGUUCCCGGAUGUCGCAUCGUGACCUGCGAACCCCUGGAGAACCUUGCCAACGGUUUUGUCGAGACAGAGGGCAAUGAGUACGGCUCGACUGCUCGCUACCAGUGCGAACGGGGAUUCCGACUCCAAGGCGAGGCGGAGCGAAAGUGCGGACCGGAUGGACUGUGGACGGGCUACGCUCCUACCUGUCAGGAGGUGACCUGUCCUGCUCCUGAACCUCCCGAUGGAGGCUUCAGCGACAUCUCCAAGGACGCUGGGCCCCAGAGACUCGGCACCGUUGUGCAUUACUGGUGUCCCCAGCUUCUGAUGCUUGUGGGCUCGAGAUCGAGCACCUGCCUCUCCGUGGGCGUCUGGUCAUUUGACCCUCCCAAGUGCAAACCUCCAUGUGAAGUUCCGAAGCUUGGAAACACGCUCAUAGUGGAAGAGGAGACGUCUCACUGGGGCAGGAGAACAUACACUGAGAUUCCUCCCGGCACUCAACUACUGAAUAAGGAUAACCUAUUCCUCAAAUGCGAAGAGGGAUACGAGUACAACGGUCGGAGUUUAACUCCCCUAUCUUGUCGUGAUGGCCACUGGGAUCCACCCCAACCAUGGUGUGAAGAGAAGCCCUGUCGGAAACUCCCCGAGGUGAAAAAUGCCAGAGUCAUCGGCCCUGUUCCGCACGGACAAGAACUUGAGUACAAGUGUAACCCAGAGUACAGGCUUCUAAGUAAUGGAACUGCUGCGUACUGUUGGCUGGGCCAAGUUACUGGAACAUUACCAAAAUGUCACCAGACCUUUUGCAAUGAAACCGGAUUUCCAAAAGAGGCUGUUCACUUGAUACUACAGAAGGCUGUUUUCUACGAUGGGGAGUACUUGGACUACGAGUGCGACCACAGUUUUGACUCGACCCACUCCAGAAUGAAGUGCACUGACGGACGAUGGAUCCCCGAGGAUGAGCAGCCUUUUUGCAAAGCCAAGGACUGUCGCUUGAAAGACAUAUCGAAAAUCCAGAAUGGGUUCCUGGAAGGCACUCCCAAUAUUUCCCACACGAGUGUCAUUCGGUUCCGAUGCAACGAAGGUUACUCGUCCGACGGUCAGCAGAGUAUGCAGUGCUUGUACGGAAAAUGGGAAGGUCGGCGUCCAUCGUGCCUGGAGCAUAAAGCACCACCUCAGCCAGAUGUGGUCGUGCAGCGUGGCGGCGGGCAUGACACGAACACUUACGGACCAGGCGAAGAUUCAUACGAGAUCGGCAGCUCCGCUAAAAGCCCGCAACUCAGGAGUUGCAAGUUUCCAGAACGUCAAAUGCGUUUCUAUGCGGCCGAUGGAAACGUCCGCGUUCUCCCGAACGACAACGUCGCUCAUGGUACGGUGCUUCGCUUCCACUGUAGGCCCCUGGGCGAAAUAAGGCUCGGGGGGUACGAAUCGUCCCAAUGCAUCAACGGCACGUGGAGCAACCAGGUGCCGUACUGCUAUGAGCCAGGCAAAUUUGAUGUUGUGAUUCGCCUUAAGAAUACCGCAGGGACAGCCGUGAGUCCGGACGGAUACCUUAACAUUGAUCCUCGAUUUGAAGUGGAGAUGGAAUGCGAAAGCUACUAUUACCAUCCGCAACUAGAGAUGAUUGAGCCGGUAUCCUCCUGGAAGAGGGGAGAUCUACACUCCUGCAACAUUCCUGCCCAUCUGGAUACGACUGUGGUCACACGGGUAAACAAGGAGAUUGUCACAGUCGGAUGCAGACCCCCUUACGUUCUGAGAGGCGAAGCGAGAGCUGUCUGUCUUGCACACAGCGAAUGGGAGAAACCAUUUCCCGAAUGUGUGCUCCCGGCACCUUCAAACGUCUUUAACGAACACGGGAAUGUGAACAUGCAGUCUGCCAAGCCUGUUCUUGAACAAACUACUGAAAUACCACGCCUGAAAGGGCCGUCAAACCUGAACUGUAAGGUUUUGCCAAUUGAGAACGUAGUUUAUCGGCGCAACAUGACUACCAGCUCUCGCGAGAUACAACUCGACAAAGAGUUUGCCAACGGCACCUUCAUUUACUUCCACUGUCGCGGUGAUCGAACAAGUUACAAAAUACGUUGCUUGAAAGGUUUUUGGGAACCGGCUCCAAGCUGUCCUCCAGACUUAUCAGUUCCUGCCACAAGUCAUCAAAACAACAAAGAACAAAGUGAGAGGCGAGAUCAUGAUGGUUUGCCAGUCCAAAGCGAUCCCAGGGCAGUGGUCCCAGAGACGACUCAAGUGGAAGCCAUGAACUCUUCAGAACACACGAAUGCGACCGCAAAUGCUGAGCUGUCCCAAGCACCAGAUGCAGAUAAACAGAUAGCAAGUGCUGCACCACAGAACAAACAACCGCACAAUCUCACUGUUUACACGAGUACGCCAACAUCCACAAAACCGCCCGACGUUAGGGGACCUAUCCCCGUCCCAGCCUCAAAUCAACCUUAUAAAACCCAGGAGUUGGUAUUACCCGAGAAUAUGACAGCGGCGCCCAAUUCUCGCGAACAAGGCCUUCCAAGUCGGGGAGGGACACCUCCUGCGGGAAUCACGGCAACCUCCACAGCUGCCUCUCCAGGUUUCGGUGAACUCCUAGAUACCAGGCCCAACGGCACCACUACACAGUCUGCAACAAGCGAGGAUAUCGGGGGAAUAAAUCCGAUCGAGAAUUCGUCAAUAAAUCAAUCUAGUAUGAUGGUGAAGGGGCAAACGGAAGCAGCGUCAGGUCGGGCACCCGGCCAGAAUGAAACGUGGCACAUGUCUUGCGGCUUCGCGAACUUCGAUUCCAGAGUGAAAGGUUUCAUCAGGUACCAGCGUGUUAAUUUUUCGGCCCAGAUUCCGCACAACACAACGGUUCAGUUUCAUUGUGAACCCGUUGAAAGGACCUCGGGGUCUGUUGUUGCAGCCACCUGCCUGGAUGGGACGUGGACAGGGAAAGCCGAGGUGCCUCCAAAGUGCGACCUAUCGGGGGAAAAUCCCACCGUUCAAAUUUCAGGUGCCGAGUAUGAAGUGGGCCCAAACGCCUUCCUUUACGUGAAACCCUUGCAAUGGAUACGCGUUGAAUGCAAAAUAAAAGAAGGAUCGUCGCACUGGGAAGUUCUUGUAUCUAAUUGGAAAGGCAAGUACCUGAAAUCAGAAAUUAUCUACUUGUAUUUUUUCGUCUAA